AUGACCAAGGCUGCCGGAGAUAUCUCGAGUGUUUUCCCUAGUCUAAGACCGGACUACAAGCCGGAGCCAUUACCUCCACGAUUUAAGGACCUGAAGUCUGAAUACUUUCACAGGAAUGAGGAGGCGCUAAUACAGAGCUGGAAGAGACUCCUUCCCAGCCUCGAGGAAGAGGUUGAUAAGAUCAAGUCAAAAGGCAGUGAUAUCAUUCCAUCUGUGAACUACAGAGAUAUUAUUUCUGGGAACGUCUCUGACCAGGUCCUUGAGGAGAUCCGUCAUCGUGGAACCGUGGUGAUCAGAAAUGUCGUACCUCGGAGUGUUGCUCGAGAGUAUAAAGACCGAAUCCAGGACUAUGUCGCCGCCAACAAGGAGCAUGUAAAAGCCUUCCCGCCAGACUCACCGGCGGUAUACGAGUUGUAUUGGACUCCACCGCAGGCAGAAGCCCGAGCCCAUGCCAACAUGCUCAGCACUCAGACUUUCUUGCAGCGUCUCUGGCACUCAUCCGACUAUCGCACCCCAAUCUCUAUCAGAAAUCCUCUGACAUAUGCGGACCGGCUCCGUAUCAGAGAGCCAGGCGACGCCAAGUUCACACUAGGCCCCCACGUCGACGGUGGCUCACUUGAACGCUGGGAAGACCCUGAGUAUUCUCGGGUGUAUACCAAGAUCCUUGAAGGUAAAUGGGAAGAAUACGACCCUUGGGAUGCUAAGCAUCGUGUCACCGCCAAUAUGGAUAUCUAUAAUGGCGCGGGUGCAUGUUCCAUGCUGAGAUUCUUCCAAGGAUGGUUGUCUAUGACUAAGACAGCUCCUGGUGAAGGCUCACUGCAUGUUUGCCCCAUGAUCAUUCACAGUACCGCAUAUACCAUUCUCCGUCCCUUCUUCGAUCCCCAGACCUCACAGCCAGCGAUGGAUAAUACAUUCCCUGGCUCUGUCCCAGGAGCUUGCCAGGAGUACAACCCUGUGACUCACCCACAUCUGGAUCUGGAGACCACCAUGGUAUCCGUCCCUGAGGUUGAACCUGGUGAUUAUGUCGCCUGGCACUGCGACUCGUUGCACUCCGUGGAUAAGGAACACUGCGGUACCGGCGACUCCAGUGUACUCUAUAUCCCAGCCACUCCCAUGUGCGAGAUGAACGUGGAUUACCUGCUAAAGCAACGCGAAGCUGCUCUCAACUAUUCCCCUCCCUGGGACUUCCCCGGGGCCGGUGGGCCCGGGGAAAUCGGCUUCAAGGGUGCAUUGGACUGGAACUCGAUCCGCCCUGAGGGUUUGCGAGCUAUGGGCCUGGGCAACAAUGCCUGGGAGAUAACUCCCGACAUGAGUGAAGGGGAGAAGCGAGUGGUGGAGGUGGCCAACAAGGCUUGUUUCGGCCAGGAAUGA